AUGGCGACGAAAAGCAAGCAGAGCGCUGAACAAAUCGUAGCCGGUUUUCAGGAACUUAGGCAGCAACAAAGGGCAUUUGCGACCAAAAUAUCAGAAUUAGAGAUGGAUAUGAAGGAACACGAGUUGGUGAUAGAAACACUGAAGGAAGUUGAGGAUGACAGGAAAUGUUUCCGGAUGGUUGGUGGUGUUUUGGUGGAAAGGACUGUUAAAGAUGUUUUACCUGCCCUCGUCACCAACAGAGAACAGAUGGGUAAAAUAACUGAAACUUUGACAACAAAGCUAGAAGAAAAGGGAACAGAAAUCAACAAGUACAGAGAACAGCACAAUCUUAAGAUAAAAGGAGAGGAGUCCAAAGAGCCAGAGAAGCAAGACCAGGAGGUAAAAUCUGGAGGAGUUCUGGUGGCAAAAGAUUCCUAGACAUGAAUGUGUGAGAUGGUAGACAGUGACUAGUGCUGAUUGAGUGGUAUAACAGACAGAUGGAUGUAGGCAAAGUGAUGUCCAAAGCUAGCAUCGGGCGAACAUACAAAAAAGUGAUUUUGUAUAGCAUAUCUCCGAAGAGUCUGUUAAGUAUUUAUUAUGACGUUCACAAGAUAUUUCACAGGUAUGUUCCAGGAAAGUACCAGACAUAUUGGAUGUUAAACUUGAGUAUUUCAGUAGAAAUCAAGCACAAUUUUCAAGUCCUAGAAAAGCCAAAGAACAAAUGGACAUAACACAAAAAUAUGGAAAGUAGGAAUGUUGACUAAAUAUUUUCAUGUAAAUGUGUUCUUAUGUGCAACAUUCGAUUUUAGAUAGUAAACGAAAAUUGUCAUACUUAUUUUCAAUAAAUACUGCAAAUGUAAUAUAUUUCUUAUCACUAGCAUCAGAAUUUUGCAAAAGGUAAAUUGUAAAUUGUUUUUGAAUCCCAAAAAUGAAUGGAAUGUUUGAAAACUUCGGAUGUGGUAUUUGAGUUGUGGCCAACUUAAAGCUGAUAAGCCUUGCUGAUAAACUGCCCGAUAUCCCAUCUGGUUUAGUAAUUCACAUGUUUCAAUGAUAUAUAGCAACAAUUUCUCCCUUGCUACAUGUACACAAUCAGUGUGGUACUAAACAUGGUGUACUGGUAAUUCUCAAUCUUCAUUUUUCACUUGUUAGAAUUUGUUUCAGAGAGAGAGAGUAAUAAAAUGUGAAAGUGCUAUUAGCGUGCAAGUUCUAUAUGGAAUUAUUUUUAUGCAAAGCGAAUGAAAGCAUUACCAAGACUUUUAUUUUCCCUGUGAUGCGGCAGUCCUGCUUGGGUUAAAAUCUUUAUGCCAUUUUAUGCGGAAAAGGGUUGGUUAUUGCCCAUGGCCAUCAUCCUCGUGCUUCAUAUCCUAAUUUGAUAACAUCAGUCAUACAACAGCUCAUAAAAAAGUUCGGUAUGAUAGUGUUUCAUUAAUUCUGUCAUCAAAGUUUGUAGAAUUAUUUACGAGGACAUUUUCUGUUGAUAGUAAAAUGAAAUAUUCAUCAGUUGCAUUUAUUGUAACAUCAAACUGGAAUUGGCUUUGAUAUUUACAUAUCACUAUGACAGUUCAUCUUUUAUUUUGGUGUCAGAUAUUUUUCAUUGGAAAGUUACAAUUAAGUUAUUUACUCUGUGAUAAUUACUGUCUGCCUUUUACCUCCCCAAGUUUAAUUAUACAAAAGAAAAAAAAUUUAAAUGAUAAAAUCAACAAAUUUUCCUGGCAAGUGGUUGGUGUGGUUUGUAUAGUGUUAAAUAGUCAUGGUCACUCAGCUGAUGUAGCAUGUUUCUUCAGCUUAAUUGGUAGUGUUGUGGAUGUCAUGUAAAGUCAUACCGACUUAAACUGAUACGAAAUGAAAGAAAACAUUGAUUCAAGUUCAUUUUCAAAUUUUAAGAAGUUUGAAGUUAGCUUCUUAUUAGAAUAGAAUAUUAAGGUAUGUUAACAAAGGAAACCUGGCCGAGGGUAACUGAAGUAUAGAUGAAUUUCAAGUAUCAUUAACGGGCAAUGGCAGUUCAUCAUUGAGGAACAACAUUUAAUGCUCUUUCAUCACUUUUACAAUUUGAAGCUGUAAAAUACUGAUCUUCUGGUUUGAAAUGCAAGACUUGAAGGAAUAAAUGUUGAUGUAUAUUAAUAAUUUUGUUGGUGGAGUGAAAGAGAGAGUGUAAUUUUUAACCCUCUUUUCAAUAUUUAAGAAUGCUUUUGUACCCGUUUUCCUACCAGGAUCCUUGUGUAGGUCUAAGUACUGAGAUUGAGGUAUAGGUAUGCGAGUGUUACAACAUAAUAAACUCAUGUUGAAUAUGUGUUGUAUUUUACUGAAAAUAACAAAAGGAUUUUCAAGAGGAUGUUCAAUUUAAAGAAUAAAUUUUGUGUUCAAUCUCAA